GCGGGACUUCCGACAUGUAGCGCGAUCCGGAAGUAAACCGACGACUCUCGUCAGCGAAGCGAGAAGCUGGUCUGAUAUACUAAAAACUAAACUAAAAUAAAAUAAGGAACAACAAAAAAAACACAAACUUAUGAGGCAUGACCUAAGGAAUGUUGGCCUACAGUAUCUUGUAAAUGUUCAGUUUACUUCUCAGCUUUUUUUUUUUUUUUCUGGAGCUUCAGUGAGAGAAAUGGAGGAGAAUGAGAACCGACUAUCCUCAUCUUCAUAUUAGGAAUGGUGUUACGUCACCUCUGUGACCUUGGAUUUUGGCUUGAAAUUCAGCGGCUCGCCAAAGCACCAAUGACCUUAUUUAAAAACAAUGAACAUGUCCUUCUUUGCCUUCCGCCUUUAUUACAGCACCACUUCUGUUGACUUCUGUCAGACUUCUUACCCAUUCUCCUAGCCACGCAUAUAAUUAUAUUUAUGUGUACAGGAUAUUUCACUUCCUGCCUUAUGAGUUGGUUAAUGAGAACUUGCACCUCCCUGACACCCUGUUCAGCAUAUCAUACACUUCUGCUGCCCUGACACCCUAAGGUCCAGUUUAGCCAUGUUCCGCAAGAAAGGUUCUCUAAUUAUUUGUGGCGCUUUGUUGUUUAUUGCUUGGAAUGCCCUUAUUAUAUUUGUUCUCUUGGGACGGUCUCCUGGAUAUGAAGGAGGCAAGUCUAUUUCAGCAGAAAAAGAUCCACAAAACAACGACAUUGUGGAGAAAUUGCUUCAUUUAAUUAGCUCAUUUGAAAUGGAACUUGAGUCCCAGAACAAAAUCCUUCUCCAGAUCCAGAGCCAUAAGUCACUGUGGGAAGAACUAAAAAAAAACGGCACAGCUUUCCGCAGUAAAUUAGAUACCAGAAGUAAUUUUACAAACGAGAGGCAUAAAUUCCUGUCAUCCGGCGCGGUUAUUCCCAUCUUGGUCAUGGCGUGUAACCGAGUGACAGUGAAACGCUGCUUGGACAAACUCCUCGAGUAUCGUCCAUCACCUGAACUCUUUCCCAUCAUCGUGAGCCAGGACUGUGGACACACGGAGACCGCUGAUAUGAUCGCCUCAUACGGCAGUAAACUGACUCACAUUAAACAGCCUGAUUUGUCGGAGAUCUCGGUGCCUGCAGGCCACAAUAAGUUCCAGGGUUACUACAAAAUCUCAAGACAUUACCGUUGGGCUCUAAACCAAGUGUUCAACUCCUUCUCAUACUCUGCUGUCAUCAUUGUGGAAGAUGAUUUGGAGGUGGCCCCAGACUUCUUUGAGUACUUUAAAGCCCUUCACCCUGUACUGCAAUCUGACCCAACUCUGUGGUGCGUGUCUGCCUGGAAUGACAAUGGCAGGGACGGAUACGUAGAUCCUGUGAAAUCAAGCCUCUUAUAUAGGACAGACUUCUUCCCAGGGCUUGGCUGGAUGUUGCUGAAGGAGGUGUGGAUGGAGCUUGAGCCAAAAUGGCCAGCCUCAUUUUGGGAUGACUGGAUGCGGCAUCCCGAUCAGCGCAAAGACCGUUCAUGCAUUCGUCCGGAAGUCUCUAGAACUUUGACGUUCGGCCGUAAGGGUGUGAGUUUGGGUCAGUUCUAUGACAAGUAUCUCCGUUUUAUAAAACUCAAUGUCGAAUUUGUGCCUUUUACAAAUAUAGAUCUGUCUUAUUUGGAGAAGAAGAAAUACGAUCAAGCUUUUGAGAAGGAGGUUUACAGCUCUCCUGUUGUGACACUGGAGGAGCUGAAAAAUGGGAAGCUGUCCGGGCCGGGCCCGUUUCGGCUGCAGUAUUCCAGCCCACAGGAUUUUAAAACAGUAGCACGAGGUCUUGGAAUCAUGGAUGAUUUGAAGUCUGGAGUGCCAAGAGCUGGGUAUCGAGGCGUUGUCAGCUUCUUUUCACAAGGAAAGCGGAUCUAUAUAGCGCCACCUGUUGGUUGGACAAAGUAUGAUCCAAGUUGGAGUUGAUAUAGCCUGUGUGUACUGGGGGAAAAUCUGUGUAGUCAGUACAAAGGAAUUAUAUUGUAAAAAUUGGUCCACGAUGUGUCAUGGUGCAAAUGUGUUCAAAAUGUGUUUAGCAUCCAUGCUCAAAAUAAGUUCAUUUCAUUUGGUCUAUAUUUGGAAAUGUUCAUUAUGCAGAACAUAACAGAGACACUUCAAAAUAACAGAUUGGAAAAGCAAAGGUUGAAACACGAGACCAAAGAGCAUAUUGUAGAGUAGUUGAUUUCCAUAUCUCAGGUCAAUGCUAACUUUUUUUUUAAUGGAGAGAGAAGAAUAUAUACCUUCAGUGUUUGAUAUAUAGACUUGUUGAGAUUGUCACACCAAGUUGCCAUCAAAUGUGAUUUACACUGAUUUAUUUUUUUUUAAACAUGACAGAUAAUCAUCAGAGCCUUGAUGCAAAUAUUCUUUAUUCACCAGUCACUUUGCAAUUUGAAACCUCUUUAAAGUGCCUUCAAACUUUGAUAGCUUUGUUUAAAUGAUUAUAUGUGAUGUUUGUGCUUAAGUGGUGGUGGAUUUUAUGUGUUGUUUUGGGUAGAACAUGUAGCUUUUAAAUCUGUAUUUGUUGGAGAACAUCAACUGGUAGCUUUGAUCACAGACUGAUGUUAUACUAAAAUUUUGGGGAUUUAAUAAAUUUUGGGGAAAAUAAAGUAAACAUUUGAUAUAUUUUAA